AUGAAUGGUAGAAUGACUCAUCAAAUGAAAGAUAGUGAUAUUUCAUAUGAAUGGCAAAAUGAUUCAUCAAAUGCAAGACAUAAUGAUAAGUUUUAUUUUCUU